UUCCAUUUUCUCAUCUCCUUUCUAUUGCUGAGAUUUCUGGGCAAGAGAGUUACAGAAUCUCCGUACUCUCUUUCUCUGGAAAUCCUCUCCAAUGAUCUCCAAAUUGAAAAAACAGAAAAUGAAUAUCAUUUCACCCAUAUUUACAAAACCCUAUUCCUCAUCAUCUUCAUCACAGCAAUCACUACCAAACCUCUUAAAAAGUGGUUUCACUCCAACGCUUAAAACCUCUAAUUACUUUCUCCAGUUCCUUUACAAAACCCACAAAUCCAAUUAUCUCCUCCAUUUCUUCUCUCAAAUGAAAUCAAGCAACAUCACACCAAACUACCAAACUCAUUCAAAUCGUAAUCAAAUCUCUUCUCAAAACAAAUAAAUUCCAAGAAAUCAGAUUUUUUUUUAAAACCCUAAUUUUGUGUCUGAAAAGGGAGUUUUUGAUUCAUUAUUUCAAGGUUUUUGUGUUUAUUUUAAGAAUCCAGUAAUGGGUCAUUGCGUUAUGACGGAUUCCUUGAGAAAUUAUGGUAUUAAGCUUCUUAUUGCAGUUCUUCGCUUUGACCAUCAUUGUUGCAGGACAAUUGGGUCCAUUUGCUGCAACUGGAACUGCUCAUUGUCAGACUACUCCUUUUGGUUUUGGUCUUAUCUGCAUCCAGAAGUAGAUAGUAACUCAGCAUCUUUCAUCAUCACGGGAUUGUUUGUUUUGUUAGUAAUCCAAACUUUCUGUCUGAAGUAUUACUGACAUCUCUUGUUCAACAAAAACCCUGUCUUGUGUGUUUCUUGUUGUAUUAUUAACUUAGGUAUUUUGUUGCUAUUGUUUUGCAUUUAAAGGGUGAAACAGACAAAGAUAUUAUAGUUUUGUUUGCAUUUUGUGUCUUCCUCAUCCCUCUCUGUGUUUAAGAUGUUUCCUGAAACUUUUUCAAACUCUACUUCUUUAUCUGGAGAAGUUAGUGCUGGUUCUUCUCAUGGUAAUUACAAUACUGCUACUAGACUUCAAGAUUUAAGCCCUAUCUUAUUCUCAUAUUUUGAUACCGAUCAUCAUCAUCAUGAACAAAAACAACAAUCUGAAGAGAUUACUAAGAUGAGAAAGAAAAAAAAUCGCCCUGGUAACCCUGACCCUGAUGCUGAAGUGGUUGCACUAUCUCCAAAGACAAUAACUGCAACAAAUAGAUUUGUGUGUGAAGUUUGUGACAAAGGGUUUCAAAGAGAACAAAAUCUUCAACUUCAUAGAAGAGGACAUAAUCUACCCUGGAAACUAAAACAGACAAGUAACAAUACAGAUGUGAUGAGGAAAAAGAAAAGGGUUUAUGUUUGUCCUGAAGUUUCUUGUAUUUACCAUCAGCCUUCUAGAGCACUUGGUGAUUUAACAGGAAUCAAGAAACAUUUUUUAAGAAAACAUGGUGAGAAGAACUGGAAGUCUGAAUUAUGUUCAAAGAAAUAUGCAGUUCAAUCUGAUUGGAAAGCUCGUACUAAAAGGUGUGGUACUAAAGAACAUAGGUGUGACUGUGGUACUCAUUUCUCUAGGAAAGACAACUUCAUUACCCACAAAGCAUUUUGUGAUGCAUUUGCUGAUGAGAGUGCAGGACUAGUUUCUUCAUCAUCUGCCUCAAACCUUGGCAAAUACGCCAUCGUUACACCAUUAUGACAAUGAGCCUUUGUAAUUGCAAAUUCACCCAUCACUUCAUCUCCAACACCAACAAACUAAUACACCCAUCUUCUCUCAGUAACCCAUACGCUGCGUGGCACCAACAACAAAACAGAAACUUCCUAAAACCAACACCCGAUUCUGUAACCACCUCAUCAUCAUCAUGGACUGUCCUAGCAUCACCAUCUGAUCCAAUCAAACUUGAAAAUCAGCACAACAACCAGGUUCUUAUCCCAGCACCCAUUUCUUCUUUUUAUCAAGAAACAUCACUGCCAUCUCCAAGUACUACUACGAAUUACAUGUCAGCUACUGCACUUCUUCAAAAAGUUGCUAAUGUUGGUGCUGCACCCAUUGGAAGACCAAUACAAACUCAAUCAGUGGGUCAUAUGUCUGGAUUGUCAAUGAGUCAAAUGGGUAUAUUGAUGGGUCAGGUGGCUAAAACCUGUUUAUCAUCACCAUCACAGGAAUGUCUAGGAUUUGCCAACUAUAAUUCAGCAAACCAAUCUGCAUGGCAGACAAAGGACCUUAGUCUUACUCGUGACUUCUUAGGUCUGGCACCAGCUGAUGAGAGGAACCAGAUGAAUAAUAACGUGAACUUGAGAAAAACAGAUUCACCGUCGUACGUAGGAGGUGUUGAUUUUGCAUCUUAUGAAUGUGGAUUCGCUGCUGGAGUUUGGAGCAAUUGCUGAAGAAUAAUGCUUUUUAAGGUAAAAAGGGAAAGCCUUUUAAGGGAGUUGCCUCAUUGUUUCAAAAAUGACAAACUUAUAUCCUCUUGAAAUGGGGAUCUUUUUAUUUUUGUGCAGUGGUGAGAUCAUCACUACCGAAGUUCUACUGUAGUUUGGUGAUGAAUAGGGUCUAGUAGAUUUUCUUCAAAGCUUAGGCCUAGAAAAGCACUAAGACCAGUACAACGGAGUUGUGUUGGCAUUGGCUGUGGAUGAACCACUCAGCCUGUCAUCAUUGUUCUUACAAAAGAGAGCUAAAUUGAAAGCAUCCAUGUUUUGACUACGAUGGAUGAUGCUAAGUUUUAAUAAAACAAAAGAUAUUGGGUUUA